CCAUCAACAAAAUCGGCUCGGACUAAUGUGUGGAGGCUUCCACAACCGUACCAUACAUCCGCCUCGACGCAUCCGUCGCAAAGAUGGCGGAUGAUCGGGGGUUUCGGAGUAUAAACCGGCUCGACCCCACCUCACGUGUCGAUCGGGCCGAAUCAGAGCUUAAUUGAAGUGGUACGGCCGAAGGAUUCACCAGGACAUCCUCUACAUCCAUAACUUUCCAUUCCCGACAACAAUCGACAGAGACAAUCGUCGACCACAUCCACAAUCGGCUAACGCUCUCGAUAGAUCUCAAACGAUGACACUGAAUGAAGCGCAGCUCAAGAAUGGCAUAGUCCCGACGAAGCCUGAUGUGACGGCCGUCAAAGACGAGCAACUUGUCCUUAACACCAUCAGAUGUCUUGCGGCGGACCUCUGUCAGCAGUACAAAGGCGGUCACCCAGGGACAGUCAUGGGAGCAGCGGCGAUCGGCGUGGCACUGUGGAAGCAUGAGAUGAGGUACAACCCCUUGAACCCAGAUUGGUUCAACAGAGAUCGAUUCGUCCUUUCUGCUGGUCAUGCCUGUCUGUUACAGUAUAUUUUUCUCCACUUCUCCGGAUACGAAGCAUGGACCAUGGAACAGAUCAAAAAGUAUCAUUCUCCCGCCACCUCGGGAUCUAUGGCUGCUGGACAUCCGGAGAUCGAGUAUCCUGGUAUCGAAGUGACCACUGGACCGCUUGGUCAGGGUAUAGCCAACGCCGUUGGUCUGGCGAUCGCUUCGAAGCAGCUCGCCGCCACAUACAACAAGCCAGAGAUAAAGAUCAUCGAUAACAAAAUCUGGUGCUUUACUGGAGAUGGCUGCUUGCAAGAAGGUGUCGGGCAGGAAGCCAUCUCCCUUGCCGGACAUUUGGGAUUGGACAAUCUCAUCCUCGUCUAUGACAACAAUAGAGUCACGGUCGACGGCUCCAUCGACAACUGCUUCACAGAGGACACCUCUGCCAAGCUCUCGGCUCAAGGAUGGAACAUCGUAGAAGUGUACGAGGGCUCGAACAACGUCCCAGCAAUCCUCAAAGGAUUCGACGAAGCUCGCAUUCCCAAUGGCAAACCUACGUUGGUCAACAUUCGCACCAUUAUCGGCUACACAUCCCGCAAGGCUAAUACUGGUCCUGCCCAUGGUCAAGCUCUCGGUCCCGAAGAAGUCGAGUACGUCAAACAGAGCCUGGGUUUCGACACCAGCAAGACAUUUCACGUCGAUCAGAAAGUAUAUGACUACUUCAAAGAAUGUCGAGAAAAGGGAGCAAAGGCAGAGACAGAAUGGAACACGCUCUUUGACAGAUACGGCAAGGCGCAUCCCGAAGCUUCCGCAGAGCUCAAAGCUCGUAUGGAAGGGCGUUUCUCAGGGAACGAAGAUUGGACCAGGCUCCUCCCUUCCAAAGAUGCUCUACCAUCAGCCGAGCAACCGACCAGAAAAUCCAGUGGGAUUGCGGUCCAAGCCCUGGCCUCUCGCUUCAAUUCGUUUGUGGCGGGGUCGGCGGACUUGCUCGAAUCGACCUUUGUCAACUUUCCAGGUCAAGUCGAAUUCCAAAAGCCGGAGUCUGGCCUUGGAAAUUACACUGGACGUCAGAUCAGAUAUGGGAUUCGAGAAUUUGCCAUGGUGGCCAUUGGCAACGGAAUGGCAGCGUACCAGAAGGGCAUGUUCCUACCGAUCAUGUCAACGUUCUUCAUGUUCUGGAUCUAUGCUGCGCCAGCUGCCCGGAUGGCAGCGCUUCAAGGCCUGCGAUUCAUCGGAAUAGCUACACAUGACUCUAUAGGCAUUGGCGAGGAUGGACCCACGCACCAACCGAUCGCAUUGGCUGCCUUCUACCGUGCUUUGCCCAAUAUCAAUCUCAUUCGACCAGCCGAUGCAGAAGAAUGUAUGGGGGCUUGGCUGCUUGCCUUGAGCGAAGGCGAGAAAGAUACCCCUAGUAUCUUUACACUCUCACGCCAGCCUGUACCUCUGCUGGACGGAUCGGAUCGGGAUCAAGUCUUCAAAGGAGCUUACAAAGUCUUCGGAGAAGAAGAGAGUGAUCUCACCAUCAUCGCUACUGGAGCGGAAGUCACUCGAGCUAUUGAAGUAGCCAAACUCCUCGGUGAUAGACGCAAGAUCAGGGUUGUGUCUAUGCCCUCUCAACGACACUUUGACCGUCAGUCAACGACUUAUCGCGAAUCGGUACUCCGGUCUUCCAGAUCCCUCGUGUUAGCUAUCGAAGCUUGGGCGUCGUACGGUUGGGCGAGGUACGCUCAUGCCUCUGUAUCCAUGCACACAUUCGGUCACUCGGCCCCUCAGCAGCAACUGUACGACAUGUUCGGCUUCAACCCAAAGGAUAUGGCUGAGCGAAUCGGAGCUUGGGCGGGCAAAUGGGAGAAAGAGGGUCGUUUGCCUGGUCUGGGAGAGUUUGAGGAGCUGUCUUUGGGUCUCAGGCACUAGUGCAUAUUCAUGUAGUAUGAGGAAUGCAGCGUUCAUAUCUUCUG